AUGAAGAUGCCGAGGCCCAGAGAAGGGAAGUGACUUGGCUUGGGACAUAGAGGAGGGAGAGGCAGAGCAAGGUCUUUAGUCCAAGACCCCAGACUCCCACACCUGCUGUUCGUGCCAAGACCCCAGGCUGCUUCCCAGAUCAUCUGGGACAGCAUUGCCUUCCACCAGCCAGGACCAUGGGCAGCAACAAGAGCAAGCCCAAGGACGCCGGCCCGCGGCGGCGCAGCCUGAGCUCGCCCGCCGCGGGCCACGGACGCGCGUGCCAAGUCAGACACACGCAGGGCGGUUGUGCACGGGUCCGCUCAGACAACACGCACACGGGUGGAGUGACCACCUUUGUGGCCCUCUAUGACUAUGAGUCCCGGACAGAGACCGAUCUUUCCUUCAAGAAAGGGGAGAGGCUCCAGAUUGUCAACAACACGAGGAAGGUGGAUGUCAGAGAGGGAGACUGGUGGCUGGCACACUCGCUCAGCACAGGACAGACGGGCUACAUCCCCAGCAACUAUGUGGCACCCUCCGACUCCAUCCAGGCUGAGGAGUGGUACUUCGGCAAGAUCACCAGGCGGGAGUCCGAGCGGUUGCUGCUCAACACGGAGAACCCGAGAGGGACCUUCCUGGUGCGAGAAAGUGAGACCACGAAAGGUGCCUACUGCCUCUCUGUGUCCGACUUCGACAAUGCCAAGGGCCUCAAUGUGAAGCACUACAAGAUCCGUAAGCUGGACAGCGGCGGCUUCUACAUCACCUCACGCACCCAGUUCAACAGCCUGCAGCAGCUCGUCGUCUAUUACUCCAAACACGCCGAUGGCCUGUGCCACCGCCUCACCACCGUGUGUCCCACAUCCAAGCCGCAGACCCAGGGCCUGGCCAAGGAUGCCUGGGAGAUCCCUCGGGAGUCUCUGCGGCUGGAGGUCAAGCUGGGCCAGGGCUGCUUCGGAGAGGUGUGGAUGGGAACCUGGAAUGGCACCACCAGGGUGGCCAUCAAGACCCUGAAGCCAGGCACCAUGUCUCCGGAGGCCUUUCUGCAGGAGGCCCAGGUCAUGAAGAAACUGAGGCACGAGAAGCUGGUGCAGCUGUACGCCGUGGUGUCCGAGGAGCCCAUCUACAUCGUCACAGAGUACAUGAGCAAGGGGAGUUUGCUGGACUUUCUCAAGGGGGAAACGGGCAAGUACCUGCGGCUGCCUCAGCUGGUGGACAUGGCCGCUCAGAUUGCCUCGGGCAUGGCGUACGUGGAGCGGAUGAACUACGUCCACCGGGACCUGCGUGCCGCCAACAUCCUGGUCGGGGAGAACCUGGUGUGCAAAGUGGCCGACUUCGGGCUGGCCCGGCUCAUUGAAGACAAUGAGUACACAGCCCGGCAAGGUGCCAAGUUCCCCAUCAAGUGGACGGCCCCAGAAGCCGCCCUCUACGGCCGCUUCACCAUCAAGUCGGAUGUAUGGUCCUUUGGCAUCCUGCUGACCGAGCUCACAACAAAGGGCCGAGUGCCCUACCCUGGGAUGGUGAAUCGCGAGGUGCUGGACCAGGUGGAGCGGGGCUACCGCAUGCCCUGCCCACCUGAGUGCCCUGAGUCCCUGCAUGACCUCAUGUGCCAGUGCUGGCGGAAGGAGCCGGAGGAGCGGCCCACCUUCGAGUACCUGCAGGCCUUCCUGGAGGACUACUUCACGUCCACCGAGCCCCAGUACCAGCCCGGGGAGAACCUAUAGGGCAGGAUGCCCUGCUGGCUGGGUCACCUGUGGGGUCUGCACCCUCUGCCUGCCACUGUCGACCCUCCCUCCCUGGGGCUGAAUUGCCAGGGAUGGGGCCCUUCUGUCUUUGGGCACAUGGAAGGGCUUCCGGUCUGAGGGCCCAUGGCCAGCACAGUGAUUGUCCCAGUGCUGCUGUGGCCACACACCUGUUCUCUGUCCCUCCAGAGAUCUGCUGUCACAGAGGAGGAUUUGGGAAGGGGGCUUGCUGCCUGUGCCUGGCCCUUCCACCCUUGGAUGCCCUAGGUCUGUCUCUCGAGCUGGCCAAAGAGCCUUUCCAAAGAGGAUUGACGGACCCUGGGCCUCAGCUGCAGCCCCUGCCCUGCCACCCUUUUGCACACAUCUGUGGGUCGGGGCUGCAGGGUCCUGGUUGGGCGGCCCCCAGCCCAGCAUGGCUCAUCAUGGUGGAUGGGAUGAGAACCACCUCCAACUCUGUCGCUCUUCCACCCCAGGGACCCUUGGAGAUCAUCAAUUCCUUUCUUCCAUUUUUUCCCCACAGGAAAACUUGAGUCCAGAGAGGGGAUGUGACUUGCCCAGGGCUGCAGAGCAGGUCAGGGUGUAGGUGGUGGGCUUGGGUACCUGGUGCUCUGUCUUGUUUUCCUCAGGAACCAACAAGAAUUGUCUUCAGAGGCAUCUCAGACUGGGGCAGCCCAGAGGACAGGUCGGAGAUAACAGGGUCCCUCUGUCCCUGUGUGCUUGGCUCAGCCAGCCUGUUGGGGGCUGGUGUGAGGCUGAGCUAGGAGCAAGGGGUGGAAGUAAAGGUGCAGAAAGCAGGUUUCAGUUAGGGCGUAGGAGCCAGUCGGCCACAACAGGGAGUAAGCUCCCAGGCUCUGGCGGCAGUCAAGCAGUCAAACAGUAUCGAGGCUGGGAGGCCCUGCUCCUGGCCCCAGGAGGGAACCUCAGGUCCUCCGUUCCCCAGUUUGUCCUGGGCAUUUCAAUAGCUGGCUUCUGCUCUGUUCCCGAAUGGGCCCCCCCACAAAUCAUGAGUAGGGCGGAGUGCCCUAACUAAGAUCAGAGGGCACGGUACCCGCUGGUACACACUGCUGUGUGGCAGCGCCACGUGUGGCUGUGGUCUCUGUGACUGCUCAGCUCCCGCCAGACCCUGUGGUAGGAACCCAUGGGGCCCCGGCUCUGCUGUUCAGCCUUCCGGUAUGUGAUGGCUUCCUCCUGGGCCUCAGUGUGGCCAUCUGUAAAAUGGGCAGCUGAUAAUUAGUGGCAUCUUGCCAGGGGCCUGUGUGUGUGUGUGUGUGUGUGUGUGUGUGUGUCCAUGUGUGUCAUAUUUAACAUGUAAGAGCCACCCCAGCCCUGUCCCCGACAUGUGUACAUUUUUACCACUGCCCCCGUUACAGCAAUAACAGCCCGGUUGCCAGGGCCCUCAAGCCAGCCUGGGCCUGACACUGGGGAAGGAGGCUGAGUGGUGCCUGCCGAUUAGGUUCCAACUUUCCCGUCCUUUCAUGUUUGUCUCUCUAGUCUGUUCCUGUCCGUCCCUAUCUGGGUUCGUUUCUCCUGCGUGCCCUCAAAUCCCCCUUCAUCUGCCCUGGGCCCUUUGUCUAAGGUGUCCUAAUACUGUCCUAUUCUUUUUUAAACAGUGUUUUGUAGAUUUCAGAUGACUAUGCAGAGGCCUGGGGGACCCCUGGCUCUGGGCAGGGCCUGGGGGUCCCACAUUCUAUGGCUCAGGCUUUGGGGGAGGAGGGAUGAGAAAUUGGUUGUAAAUACUUUGCAUAUUGUCUGAUUAAACACAA